UCAGAUGCUGCUGAUAGCCCUCGUUACACUGGUUUUGGUUUCACUCACUCACACUCAACUCUUAAAUGAUACAAGAAAAUAUUGUUUUAGUCGACAUAAAACGGGUGAGUGUUGCAGUACGUUUGAAAAGACUAAAGGCCCAGCUUUGUGUGGUUCGUUGUGAAGUUGCUUGGUCUUGAAUUCCUCCCCUCAAUGCGUUGCGUGCGUGCUUGCUUGACUCCAGGUAGUUUGGCUUACAGGUAGAACCUAUAGCCUACUUGUUUGUAAAUUCUCAGUUUGUUCUACCCGAUCGAUUUACUGGAUGUCGAUGUCUUUACUUGAACAUAUAACUUUCAUUAUAAAUUGAAGUUCAUACGUUUUAUAAGAAUGAGCGACACAUUCGCUACGCCCUUUGCACUGCUAAUAGGGUCCAGUUUCGCUUUCUCUGGAUUGUUCUACCACUUGUACCAAGAAAAGAAGAAGGAAAUAGUAAAACUUAAGGAGAUACCGAAAUUCCAACCAGAUCAUCACCUUCUUAGAAUUCUAAAAGCAUCUCCGCAACAUCGACUUCAGUAUGUUGCAGUUGAGGGUGUGGUUCAACCUGAUGGUGAGCCCUUGGCCAGCCAGUUUGUGCCUAAAUGUUUUGGAGUUGUCCAGAAAGUUAUUGUUCAGGAGGACUGGAAAGUGUGGAACAACAUAACACAGAGAUGGUCUAACAAGACAAUGGACCGGAAGGUGAACAGCAACACAGUACCGUUCAGCUUGGCGAGUCUAGGAGCCUAUUACACAGACAUCCUUGUGAAGGUGCAGUCCCCACUGGACUCCUCGGAGGACUUCCUGGAGCUUGUGCACCAGCAGCGGAAGCGCGCUCAGACAGGCCUAGUGGACGCGGUGUUGCAAGGCGUGAGCGGCGAGAAGCCCGUGAGCCAGGACGUGCGGGAAGAGAUGCUGAGGGUCGGCACGUCACUCACCGCCUUCGGCGAGGUGGUCCUCGAGUAUGGCGAUGGGGUCCGGAUACAACCGCCCCGGGACGGCCGGACCUAUGUCUUGUCCGUAGGUGAUCACCGCAGCUUCAUAGAGAGGCACGAGAGCACAGCAGGGUGGUGGAGAGCACUGUCGGCUUUCUGUGGCAUCACAGGAUCGGCCGUGCUGGCGGGGAUGAUCUACGACGGUAGCAAGGGACGAGGUGGCAAGAGGAACUAGUCUUAACUCGACACACAGGUGGUGGGAAUCAUUAAAUGGCAAGGCCUUGAACAGAAACUAAAUAUAGCCGGUAACCUGAACAAUUUUGAACAAAUCAGUUAUUUAAAUUUAAUGACUACCAGUA